AUGGCUGCUGCACCAGAUUGCAAAUUAAAACUACUAGUCAGAAAAGAGAAGGUUAUUGAACAAGAUGUUGGAGGCAAGAGGGAUCAAAUGGCCCAGGAGCCAGUCCAGAAAUGGGUGUUAUUGAAGAAAUCCCAUACCAAACCAGGAGUGCCGGUGGAAGAACCAGGUCUUGGGAAUGAAGUUAUAUGUGAAGCACCUCCAAAGUCUGUCUGUCAGGACCCCUUUAUCCACCACCAACAGUAUACCAAAAAUCAGCUCGGUAAUAGGAAGUCACUUGAAGUUCAAGGAUGUGUUUCAGCGAGAGUGGAAACCAAAGAGCAGAGACCUGGCCCAAAAGAUCAGGAACAGAGUUUGGUGAAAAGAAAAUCAAGAAAUCAGAAUCGGAGAUGGAGGAAAAAUAGGAAGAAGAGUCUGGGGAUAGCAGAAGUUCCAGAGAAGAGUCUUAGGCCUACAGAGACUUUGGAAGGGAGGUUAAGCCCAAAGGAGACUGAGGAGAGGAGUGGGGAAUUAUUGGAGUCAGGGCAAAGGGAGAAAAGCUCUGGAAAAGUUCAAGAACGAAACAAGAAUCUAGUAGAACCUCCAGAACAGGCUUCUGGGGGAUCUGAAAUGAGUUUGAACCCAGGAGAAGAAAGCAAAGGGACCUCAGGUGAACCUAGGACAGAACAGAAUAAAUCCAGGGAGAAAUCAGGACUUUUGAAGACACAAGAGUUUCUAGCACUGAGUUCAGGAGUAACAGAGGCAGCAGAAAGACUGAACCCAAGAGAGAAUGUAAAGAUGAGUUCUCAAAUGAAGACAGUACAGGAUAGACUGAACUCUGGGAAAGCUCUAGAAUGGUGUCCUGGGGGAUCAGAGGCUGAAAAACAGAAGUUGGAGUUUUUAUAUUCCCGAUAUAAGAAGUUGCAGUCGCCAAAGGCUGAUGAAAAGAAAGCUGGGGAUGAAGGUAGGAUGGAAAGCUCCCUUAUAAGCCACUCCUCUAUGACCAACUUCUUCCUACUCAAGAAAGUUAGAACUGGAAACUCAGGGCCACAGUACUCCCCACCACCCUCAGUACCUCUCCUCUCCCCUGCUCCACCAAUCCAAUGGUCCUCAAAGAGCUUCCCGAAGAAUCUAUUCAGUGAGAUGGACAGGUCUAGGCCUCAAGCAACCUCUCUCCUGCCUAAACCCCAGCUCCCUGACCCUGGAAAGAAGUACCCCACUUCUGAGGAGAUAUUGGUGGUUGGGGGUUACAUCAGCCUCAACCGAAGCUGCCUGGCAAAGAGUUCCUCUGAGAGACGCCGCAAACAGCUCAGAAUUUCAUUUAAGGAGCCAGUCCUGCAGAGCAUCUAUUAUUAUCCUCCGGAGAAUUCUACGCUAUUGGACAGGGGCUUUAUCUUGGUGUUUGUCCCCCCUCCUCCCAUGCAUAAGAGGAGGAGGAGAAAGGCAGGGGGUGAGGAGUAUGGGAGUGGGGACACCCCCACCCCCACCCUCCGCAGUACAUCUCACACGGGCAGGUUUCCAGUACUGGCGCCUGCCCAGCCCCCUUGCCAGCAACCAGGAGACUUGCGGGGCCUGCCGUCAUCGCGACGGAUUUUUGUGUCCUGCCCCUUCGGCUCCAUGGGGGCGGGGGCCAUAGGUGCCUUCCGUUUGUCCGCGGGGCACGUGCUGCUGGCACUAAGGGCCCUGGCAUGGAAAAAGAGAGCCAUGGACUGGUUUCCAGAUGCUCCACACUGCCUGCUGAAGGCAUGGCAUCCUGCCUUGCCCAAGAAUACACAGCUGGAAGGAGCCUUCAACAUCAACCAGACCAAGCCCUUCAUUAUGCAGAGAGUCCAAAACCACGAGCUGCAGAGCAGUUGUCGAUCUGCUCAAGUCAAUAAGUAG